ACAACCGUCAGUAUCAUGUUCUUAUCAUUAUGUACGUAUGUGCUAUUCAGCUGAAAUUUGUAGCAUACUAUUAAUUGAAAAUAUGAAAAAUAUGUUCAUUUAUAAUUAUUUUUAAAGCUAUAAAUACAUUCCUAGUGUAUUUAUUUUGACAUAAAUAUAACAAGAAAUUGAUAUUUUUACGAAAAUUUUCUAUCUACUACAACAUGAUAUCUACUAUCAUACCAAAGGCGGAAAACUACAAUAUAAAAAAACAAAUACAGAAUGAAAGUGAUAUAAAAGAGCAGCAAAUAUCUUUAAAUGAUCAAAUUACUGAUACAAACGGAACAGUGACCAGUACUAUGAUAUUCAAAGAAAACAAUAACGGUACAAAAAAACUACGUAAUGGAAAAUAUAUUAAUAUAGAUUCUACAUCUGGUUUGAGUAAAAUUAAUGGAGAUUCAAGAAUUGUUAAAAGAAAAAUUAACGGGGCUGAAGAAUUGGAAGUAAAAUCUGCUAUGUUGACACUAAAAGAAAAGAUAAUUUGUAAUGACAACCCUGACCUAAUAUUAACAAAUCAACAACAAUCAGAUUCAGGUGAUGAAUCUGAGAACAUUCAAAAGAAAACUAAGACUGAAAAUACAAUAAAAACAGAAGAAUCUAAAAUAUUAUCCCAGAAAUCAGUUAAUGUGAAUCAAAAAUGUGAAUAUUGUUGUCAAAAAUUAAUAAGCCCAGAUAUAAAAAUAUAUCCUGGUCAUCCUAAUGGUGCAGUAGAAGAAAUGAUUGCAUUAACAGAUCCUAGAUUAUCUUUAUUCACAGGAGAAGAAGUUGCAGUUCAUGAAAGUGAUGUAAGGCCACAAAAUAAAUUAACUCAUUUCUGUGUAUAUGAUAAGAAUGGGCAUUUGUGUCCUUUUGAUAUUGGUUUAAUUGAGAAAAAUGUGGUCCUUUAUUUUUCUGGUUACAUGAAACCUAUAUAUGAAGAAAACUCAUGUCCAGAAGGAGGUGUGCCUACAAAAGACAUGGGACCAAUAAAUGAAUGGUGGGUGUCAGGAUUUGAUGGUGGUGAAUUAGCACUUGUAGGAUUCACCACAGCAUUUGCAGAAUAUAUAUUGAUGGAGCCUGCUGAAGCAUAUGCUCCAUUUAUGGAUUCUGUAAAAGGAAAGAUUUACAUGAGCAAAAUAGUCAUAGAAUUCUUAUUAGAUGAAGACAAUCCUACAUACGAAGAUUUGUUAAAUAAACUACAGACUGUAGUUCCACCAAAAGGAUUAUCUAGAUUUACAGAAGAUUCUUUGUUACUAUAUGCACAGUUCAUCUGUGAUCAAGUUAUUUCUUUUGAUGCAUCAGCAAGACCAGAAGAUUCUUUAUUAAUUACAAGUCCGUGCAUGCGAGCGUUAGUAACACUUGCUGGUGUGACAUUAAAUAAGAGAAUUGCAUUACGCAGAACACAACCUAGAGAUUCAAAAAAUAAAAAGAUUACCUGGACAAAAGCUACAACUACAAAAUUAGUUAAUAAUAUGUUUGAAACGUUUUUCUCUGACCAAAUAGCUAAAAAUAAUGACAAAGAAAUGUCGGGACCUAAAAGACAUAGAUGUGGGGUAUGUGAAACUUGUCAGCAGCCAGAUUGUGGAGUUUGUAUAUCUUGUAAAGAUAUGGUUAAAUUUGGUGGAUCUGGAAGAAGUAAACAAGCAUGUAACAGACGUAGAUGUCCAAACAUGGCUAUACAAGAGGCGGAUGAUUCAGAUCAAGAAGAUGAUGAUUUUAAUGAUACUUCGGUAGAAAAUGUAAAAAUUACUCAAAAAAUGAUUUUGAAAGAAUUUAAACACGUAGAAAAAGAAAUUACAUGGGUUGGAGAGCCAAUUAUAAAUGAUGGACGAAGAACAUUUUAUAAGUCUGUCAUAGUUGUUGAUGAAGAAAUAAAAGCAAAUGAUUGCGUUUUAAUUGAAUCUAACGAUCCUACUGUACCAUUACAAGUAGCUAAAGUUAUUUAUAUGUGGGAAGAUAAAAAUGGUGCAAAAAUGUGUCAUGCCAAUUGGUUCAGAAGAGGUAGUGACACUGUACUUGGUGAAACAUCAGAUCCUUUAGAAUUAUUCUUGCUUAAUGAAUGUGAUAAUGUUCCUUUUACUUCCAUCAAAUCCAAAGCUAUCGUUAUUUAUAAAACUUGUCCGAAAGAUUGGAAUAAAUUAGGAAAUACAGAUAUAUUAGAUGAAAUACAAAAUAAGGAUGGAAAGGUAUUUUUUUAUCAAAAAACAUAUACUCCCGGUACAGCUCGUUUUGAAGAUUGUGCUCCGGAUCCUGAAUGUCCACGAAAAGAAAUCAGUCAUCGAUUUUGUCCUGCCUGUGUACGUUUUACUACAUUGCAAUGUUAUUAUACACCAAAAGUUUUUGACCGCAGAGAAGAAAAGAGCAACAAAGAAGUAACAUAUAGUAUGGUAAAAUAUAAGGACGAAGAAUUUAGAGUUGGUUCUGCUGUAUUUUUAAUGCCAGCAGCUAUAAAAUAUAAAUUUACAUCUACAUAUCAUCUUUCUCCAAAAAUAAAGAAGGGCAAAGUAGAUGAAGAUAUGUAUCCCGAAUAUUAUCGAAAAUCAUCAGACCAUGUAAAGGGAUCAAAUUAUGAUACGCCAGAGCCAUUUCAUAUUGGAUACAUAAAUUCAAUCUAUGCAACUACUAAUAAUAAAUUAGUUGCAUCAUCUGAUAUAUGGAUUAAAAUAAAUAAAAUGUAUCGACCAGAAAAUACACACAAAGGACUUACAUUAAUGCAACAAGUUGAUCUUAAUAUGGUAUAUUGGAGUGACGAAGUUUGUGAUGUUAAAUUUUCGGAUGUAGCCGGAAAAUGUUAUCUAGCGUAUUCGGAAAAUUUAGAUCAAUCUGUAGAAGAAUGGACUGCUGCUGGACCAAAUCGUUUUUAUUUUUCUCAAGCAUAUAAUGCCUUAGAAAAAACAUUUAUUGAUCCACCGUAUCAUGCUAUGAACAUUGGAAAAUCUGGAACUAGUAAAGGAAAAGGAAAAGCUAAAUGCAAAAGUAAAAAAUUAGAGAAUAGUGAUAAGAAAUUAACUGAUAUACCAAUAGAAUAUAGUAAAGUAACAAAAAAGUUGAAGACAUUAGAUGUUUUUGCCGGUUGUGGUGGAUUAUCUGACGGAUUACGACAAGCUGGUAUUAUUGAUAAUCGAUGGGCAAUUGAAAAAGACGAACCAGCCGCAUGUGCAUAUCGACUCAAUAAUCCUAAUACAACGGUAUUUUGCGAAGAUUGCAAUAUACUUUUACGGAAAGUUAUGAGUGGUGAUCUUUGUGAUAAUAGUGGACAACGUUUACCUCAAAAAGGAGAAGUAGAAUUAUUGUGCGGUGGUCCACCUUGUCAAGGUUUUAGUGGCAUGAAUCGUUUUAAUUCACGGCAAUAUUCAUUAUUUAAGAAUUCUUUAGUAGUAUCAUGUUUGUCCUAUUGUGAUUAUUAUAGACCAAAAUUUUUUAUUAUGGAAAAUGUUAGAAAUUUCGUAUCAUUUAAACGAAGUAUGGUACUUAAAUUAACAUUAAGGUGCCUUGUACGAAUGGGUUACCAAUGUACAUUUGGUAUUUUGCAAGCUGGAAACUACGGUAUUCCACAGACAAGAAGAAGGCUAAUAAUAUUAGCUGCUGCACCUGGUGAAGUCCUUCCAAAAUACCCUGAACCAACCCAUGUAUUUAGCAAACGGGCUUGUCAACUAAGCGUUAUUGUUGAUAACAAAAAAUAUUCAUCAAAUUGCGAUUGGGUGGAAUCAGCACCAUAUAGAACGAUUAGUGUUCGUGAUUCGAUGUCUGAUUUACCUAAUAUACGAAAUGGAUGGAAUAAGGAAGAAAUAGCUUAUAACGAUGAACCAAUAUCUCAUUUUCAAAGAAAAGUAAGGCCCAAAGAACCCGAUACAAUAUUAAGAGAUCAUAUUUGCAAAGAUAUGGCUCCGCUGAUUGAAGCGCGAAUAGCACACAUUCCGACUGCAAGUGGGUCUGAUUGGCGAGAUCUACCAAAUAUAAUAGUACGUUUAUCUGAUGGAACAUAUUCAAAAAAACUAGAAUAUACGCAUCAUGAUAAGAAAGCAGGUAAAAGUUCUACUGGUGCAUUUCGUGGUGUAUGUAGCUGUAGUGUUGGUAAGAUAUGUGAUCCAAUGGCUAGACAAUAUAAUACUUUAAUCCCGUGGUGUUUACCUCAUACUGGAAAACGUCAUAAUAAUUGGGCGGGCUUAUAUGGUAGAUUAGAAUGGGAUGGAUUUUUUGGUACUACCAUCACUAAUCCCGAACCUAUGGGUAAACAGGGCCGUGUUCUACAUCCGGAACAAACCAGAGUUGUGAGUGUAAGAGAGUGUGCUAGAUCACAAGGUUUCUCUGAUUCUUUCCGCUUUUACGGAAGUAUACUUGAUAAACAUCGUCAGAUUGGUAAUGCAGUUCCACCACCAUUAGGUGCUGCGUUAGGUUUCGAAAUUAGAAAAUGUUUAAAAGAUGCCGAUGCUAAUCAGUUAGAAAAGAAAAUGGAAGAUUUUUAUGAUUGAUAACAAUAUAACACGCAUAUUCUUUACGAAAAAUACUUUAAAUAUUAUUUGAAAUCUUAAUGGUAGCAUAUUAAGUUAAAAAUUUUUUUUUAUUUACAUAAGUUUUUCUGCAUGCGUUUAGUGUGGAUGUUUUUACUAGUUACAUGACCAAAAGUAUUAUGUGAUGCAUAUUUAUGCAAUGUUAGUCGUAAAGAAUAUAUUUUUUUUAUAUGUAAUAAUUAUCAAAGGUAGAUAACAAUAUUAACUAAACUUUGUCUACAACAAUGAAUUGGAGAAUUAUAUUAAGUAAAAUGAUAUAAGUUGGUUUAGUAAAAUCCCAAACGAGAUACAUGGAUGGACCUACAUGCAAUGUAGUUUUUUGUCCUAUAUUCGUGAGGUCCUAGAACCUCAAACCGUCGUACCAAUUGUUGAUGACAUUUGUUGUUGAAAUGUUGAUAUUUUUAUCUUAAAAAUUAUGUAUGUAUUGAAUUGAAUGAUAACA